AGAAAACAUCGAGAAAUGGUGCCCUCUGGAAGAAAACAUACCGGGAAAUCUGGGAAGAUAUCCAUGGAGGAUCAGGUUCUAAAAGGCUAUGACUUUGAGAAAGCAGAUAAAAAAGAUCUGAGUGGUUCAGAGGAGGAUGUCAUUGAAGGGAAGACUGCAGUACUUGAUAAACAUGGGAAGAAAAGGACUUCUGCAGGAAUAGUUGAAGACAUGGGGGGUGAAGUACAGAAUAUGCUGGAAAGAUUUGGAGCUGAUAUUAACAAGGCUCUUCUUGCCAAGAGAAAAAGACUAGAAACGUAUACCAAGGCUUCUCUCAAAACCAGUAACCAGAAAAUUGAAAAUGUUUGGAAAACCCAACAAGAGCAAAGGCAGAAGCUUAACCAAGAAUAUUCUCAGCAGUUUCUGACUUUGUUCCAGCAGUGGGAUAUAGAUGUGCAGAAAGCUGAGGAACAAGAAGAAAAACUAGCUAAUAUGUUUCGACAGCAACAAAAAGUUUUUCAACAGUCUAGAAUUGUUCAGAGCCAGAGACUGAAAACAAUUAAACAAUUAUAUGAGCAGUUCAUAAAGAGUAUGGAGGACUUGGAGAAGAGUCACGAUUAUCUACUUACUGGUGCACAAAAUGAACUUAGAAAAGAAAUGGCUAUGUUGCAAAAAAAAAUUAUGAUGGAAACAGUAAGUUAUUAUAUUUAAAAUUGAAAAAAUAAGGAUUGUGAGCAUUGAAAUAUUUUAUUUGGUGAAAUAUGUAUAACACUUAUCUAAAAAUUAAACAAAUGUUUAAUAUCUCCUUUCAUGUGACAGCAGCAGCAAGAGAUGGCAAGUGUUCGAAAGUCUCUUCAAUCCAUGUUAUUCUGAUGACUCUUUGAAGGAAGAACUUGAACCUAAGUAAUAUGAUACAAUUAUAACAUUAGCUAAGAGGCAUGUAAGUUUUUAGAGUGGUUGAAAAUUCUGGUUUAAAAUAUUACAUCAUAUUAAUCAUUAGCUUUACUGCAAGACCCUUCUUCUUCUUCACUUCCAAAUAAAAUAAUGAAGUUAUGUGAGUAGCAGCAAUUCCUAAAUUAUAUGUACCACUGUGCUUUCAGCUCUUUAAUACUAAUAGUGAUUUUUUUCUCUCUAACGUUUGUCAAUUAACUCUUAGCAAUAAAUAUGAUUUAAUU